AUGGCCAGCAAGGAUGCCGGGCAGGCAUUUGCCCCGGUCCUGGCGGCCGUCGCGACAAUGCAAGGCAAUGUGUCAAGGUCCGAGAAGACUCAAGCCCAUGAAUUCCUCGAGAAGUUCCAGAAAUCAAUUGAGGCCUGGACAACCACCCAUGCUUUAUUACAGUCCCCCGAUGUGCCGGUUGAAGCCAAACUGUUCGCCGCGACUACACUGAAAGGAAAGAUUACUUUUGACCUUGACCAACUUCCUCCGGAUUCGCUAUUGGCCCUACGAGACUCAGUCCUGAACCUUUUGGUGGCAUUUGCACCUGGCCCGCGCCCGAUCCAGACCCAACUAUGUGUAUGCUUGGCCAGUUUGGCGAUUCAGAUGGUAGCAUGGAAAGAUGUUCUGGCAACCGUCGGAGCAGCUUUGGGAAGCAGCGCGGGAGACUGUGUGCUAGAAUUCUUGAAGAUCUUGCCCGAGGAAGUGACCGAAGGUCGCAAGAUCAAUCUCAGCGAAGACGAGUUGCUUUCGAGAACCAAGGAGUUGCUGGAAGACAAUGCCGAGCAGGUCCUGCAGCUGAUGAUUCAGUAUUCCCAGUCAUCUCCUACCGCCGCCACGAAUCCCCGCCUUCUCGAUUGCAUUACCUCGUGGCUACGUGAAAUUCCCGCCGCCAAAGUCGUGGAGUCCCCUCUCAUGGACGUCAUCCUCAAGGCAUUGGAUAACGAUGUAUCUUUUGAAUCUGGUGUCGAUUGCAUUUGCACGCUCUAUCGCGACACGAAGGAUGUGGAUGAGUCGCUGCCCGUCAUUCAAGCCCUUUACCCACGAUUGAUGGCACUCCGCCCAAAGAUUGCCGAAACAGCAGAGUCCGAAGAUUUGGAAGCUUUCAAGGGCGUCACAAGAAUGUUUGCAGAGGCUGGUGAAGCCUGGGUUGUUCUUGUUGCACGUUUGCCUGACGAGUUCCGGGGUCUCGUCGAGGCGCUUCUUGAAUGUUGUGCGCGGGACUGGGAGCGCGACGCAGUGUCACUGACCUUCAUCUUCUGGUAUGAACUGAAGCAAUACAUUACCCUGGACCGAUACACGGAUGCCCGAGUCAACUUCCAGGCCAUCUUUUCCCAACUGGUGGACAUCAUGGUGAAACACCUGGAGUUCCCCAGCCCGGAAGAAGGCGAAGCAGAUUUGUUUGGUGGAGACCGCGAGCAGGAAGAGAAAUUCCGUCAGUUCCGCCAUGCGAUGGGUGAUGUCCUCAAGGACUGCUGUGCUGUUGUGGGUGUGAACGACUGUCUUGGUAAGAUUUACCAAUUGAUCCAACAGUGGGUUGCCAAGUACGCCUCGCAGGCGAGCAAUGAGCAUGUUCCUCAUUGGCAGGAGUUGGAGGCCCCUCUGUUCGGUCUCCGCGCAAUGGGUCGUAUGGUGGACCCAGAAGAGAGCACCAUUCUUGGGCAAUUGGUUCCUUUGAUCGUUCAGAUUCCUGAUCAGGAAAAGGUACGAUUCCAGGCGAUCAUGGCGCUGGCUCGCUACACGGAGUGGACUGCUCUCCACCCCGAAACAUUGGAAGCCCAGCUCAACUAUGUGAUUUCCGGUUUCCACCAUUCUUCUCAAGAAGUUGUGCAGGCCUCUGCUCUUGCUUUCAAGUUUUUGGGAACCGACUGCCAGAAACUCCUUGGUGGCCAUAUCGCUCAGCUUCAUACCUUCUUUGAGUCCGUCCUUGACAAGCUGAAGCCCGCUAGCCAGGAGGAAAUUACUGAAGGUGUUGCCGCUGUUGUUUCCGUGCAGCCUCUUGAGAAAAUCUACGAUUCCUUGAAGAUGUUCUGCGAUCCGAUCAUGGCCCGAAUCAUGAACCUUGCCAACAAUGCACAGGACGAAGAAGGACAGCGCGCGGUGGCUGAUCACUUGCAGCUGAUUACCAUAUUUGUACAGGUUGUUACUCCCAUCGUCGCACCGGGAGAAGAAAACCCUGCUGUGAAAUACUGCGGGGAGGUUCUGCCUAUCAUGACCACCAUUGUCAUGAACUUUACAUCCUCCACGCCCAUUCUCGAGCGAGUGUGUCGAUGCUGGCGGUACAUGAUUAUCUCGUACCGCACUGGCAUGAUUCCUCUUCUGCCUACUCUGGCGGAAAGUAUUGCCAAUGGCUUCCAGGCCUCGCGAGAGGGUUGUUUCCUUUGGGCUACGGAUGCAGUCGUGCGCGAGUUCUCUGACGGUGCGGAUUAUGUGGACCAGGCCACCAGCGAUGCCGUUUACCAGUUCUAUGAACAACAAGCCAUUGCUUUCCUGCGUAUCCUGAAUGACCUCCCCCCACAGAAUCUGCCCGAUGUGAUUGAAGACUUCUUCCGCCUGUCCUCCGAUGCCGUUCGAUACUACCCCAAAAAGUGCAUCAGCUCGUCUCUUGCCGUUCCUAUCUUCUCUGCAGCGCUCAGUGCUCUCACACUUCAACAAGUCGACCCUCUUAUCGCCACGCUUCACUAUUACCGGGACCUGUUCAGCUUUGCAUUUGACAAGCCUAUGGUCUCUGAGUUUACCAGCCCCGAAGGCCAGCCUUACGUUACCCCUCCCGAGGUUCGCGAGGCUGUCAAGGCCUUGAUCAUGUCGCAAGGCCAGCCUUUGACGCAGCGUGUGUUGACUGGCAUGAUGUUCACUUUCCCCGGUGACUGCUUCCCUGAUGCUUCGGGUGUCAUGAUGACAAUGUUCGAACUGCUCCCUCACGAAACCGGCGCGUGGCUGCAGACUACCCUGCAGAUGCUGCCGAGUGGCUCUAUCAAGCAGGGAGAGGCCGAGCGACUGCUGAAGAAUCUCUCCGAUAAAGUACAGUCAGGAGAAACUCGCAAGAUCCGUACUCUACUCCAAGACUUCACCAAUUCGUAUCGCCGACGAAACGUGGCCCCGCGUGAUGGCCUUGGCCGUCUCGAGGCCACCCGGUUCCGAUUCAGCGGAUGA